AGAGAGGCGAAGACGAAUUUCAUUUCAAUCGAAGAAUUAGAAAUGCAUGCCUUAAAUUAAGCCCUGUUUAUGCUGUGAAUUUACGCCAUUGCUUCGUUGAGUAUCGAAUUGUUCAGCCAAGCAUAGAUAGGACGAAUGGUUUUGUUUUGUUAAUGAGGAGCUUUGCAUGUCUUCGCCACAAGAUCUUUCCGCAUGCCUUGUUUUAAUAUUGCUACUGAAAGACCGCGGUUACUUUACUUAAUCGAAGUGAACAUAAAAUUGAAAGCCGUCGCGCAAAGACUUCAUGGACAAUCAGCAGUCGUUGGGUAUGGAGUUCAGGAGUGUGAAAGAGGCUUCCGUUGAAGGAGUUCAGCGAAGGACAAAACCAAAGAAACACUUCGUAAGUUUUACGUUAUUUGUGUGUUGUAACUGAUCAAACUUUGAACAUUUGAGAUUGACAGGAAAUAAUUCUUGGUGCUUUAAAAUCCGUUGUAAACGAAGAAUUAAUCGUGUACCAAAAGUAAAGAGAAUUCACUGGUUGAGUAUUGACUUGCGUUCGACAAAACUGGUGUCCAGAGAUCAUUCCGUAAAUUCCUUUCAAGUUUUAACACGACUACUUUACCGUUGGUAGUAUUUACAUCGCCGUCUGACCGUAGUUUAAAGAAAAUAGUCGAGUUUAAAUUAGAGACGGAAAGGCUGUUUAAGAUGUUAUUUCAAAGACGGAAAACACGUCUCGGUAGUUUGCAAGGGACAUCAUUCUUUCCACAGGAAAACGCGAUGAAAUUGUUACGACAACUGUCUCAAAUUCUCACUAGGGAAGAGGAACGAAAAAGCAGAUUUUGCUUGCUUGAAAUACAGCUUUAAAUUUAGAAAAACUAAUUUUUGCUUAACAUUUUGAAGAUAGUUUCAAGACGGUUUUACCUGUCCUCAGCCGCCCCGUAAACUCAGACGUGAUCAGUGUAAAUUUUCACCUAAUGUAUCAAUACUGUAUAUCAAUAACAGAGGUUAGGAGAAUAACGGAGAUGAUCACCAUCAGUGAUCCGCAUCAGUAAUAUUUCAGUAGAACCGUGAGAGGGAAUGCGUGAGCUCAGUCAUUAAUCACUAAGAAUAGCUUCACUAAGAUUCCUUCAAAGUGAUGCGCUUUUCCAAAAAUGCGCGUCAUCGCUGUUAGGCUACUGAAAUGAAGAACUCGACGAUGUAUCAUAUCAAAAGGCUGAAGGGAGUGUCGACGCCCGUUUUCUAAACGGUACAUCGAAGUAAAUGCAAAUUUGAUAUGACUUUUGUUACCACCUUAUUAAAUUGUGUUUCUUCGCUCGAAAAUGACGUCGAGGUUCAAGUAUUUACAAGGCUUGAUUCAUAUGCAUUUGAAUUUCUAAUUACCGAAACCAGAAUUUACAAUUUUGUUUAUUCAAUCACAAUCUACUUCAAUAAUGCUAAUUUUACUAUUUUGCAAAUAACGAAAAUGAGUUAAAGGAUGCAAUGUAAAAUCACGUAUUCCGGUAGCUUCAAAAAAAAACCGGUGUCAUGAUGUUCAAUGCUAAGAGACUCAUGUCACAGACUUUUUAGAAACAAUCCCGAGAAACAUAAUCUUUUGAACAAAAUAUUGACAAAAAUGAGUACCACAGUUUUUACAUUCCAGAUACCUUAUUAUUUCGUAAAAAGGUGUUUUUUUAAAAAAAAAAAAAAAUUGCUUAAGGGUUUUUCAAACAGUGCAAAGGGCGAUCCUUAUAUAAUGAUAAUUUUAGCUAUUUGUGUAUUUUUGAUACGUAAUUGAACCGUUGAACUUUUUAACUAGUAAUAAUUUUAAGCAAUGGCAUGUAUCUGUGCUAGGUUCAUACUGACCGAGUUUUCAGCGGCCAGACUCAGCUUCAAAUCGGCCAAAUUAAGCUGUUAGAGUGCUUUGAUCUCUCCCUACUCGUAUUCCAGAAGUUGAUUAUUGAACAAAACACGUGUCUUUUCAUUUGUCUAGAUGUUUUGCGUGAAGGCUACAUGGUCUGAUGGAACUGUCAACUUGGUUUAUCGAAGGUACAGCGAAUUUUUACACUUGCAGGUAAGCUAUUCAAAAUUAUAGGGGCUGUAAGUAGCAGAGCGGGGCAUGCGCAGUUUUUCAAACGUAUCUAAAAUGUUUUGCGCUCGAACCACAGCUUUUCAGUGUAGAAAUACACCACCGCCCUGUAAGGAUAAAACCUGCAUCUUGUCUGUAAAACGCACAUGAUAAGCAACCCGUACUUUCAAGUACAGUGGAACCUUGAUAUAACGAUCCUCUGUAUAAUGAAGUGCUCGGUAUAUCGAAUGAUUUUCUUCACCCCAGUAAUAGUAAAACAUUGGAAAAGAACCUCGAUAUAACGAAACUUCGUUAUCAAUGGCGAACUUGCCAGUACCUUGACCCUUCGUUGUAUCGAGGGUCCACUGAAGUAGAUAAUAUUGCGUCAGGUUGUACUUGACAAUCUGAAGAAAUUGAGAAACGAUUCAACAAUCUUUUUGACCGACAAAUCAUUGUGGAGGAUGCUGCUUAAAUCUGCUACAAAUUAAUACGCUUUGUUGAAUCUUAAGAAUAAGCCCAGCCAAUGAUAUGCACUGCCGGAUGUGAGUAAAUCAAAACGUACACUGGUAGGAGACAGUGAGUUUUGUCAGUUCUACUGUCACUGAGUUACGAGUUCUUAAGGGGCACCCAACGAGAAUUGUUGUUUAAAGUAUUUUAGUAUUUAAACGGUAGAUAUAGGCAUAUUUUUAUCCCCUAAAAAUUUUUUAUCUGUUCGGAUUUCCUAACAGAAAGUUUGGUGUUCCGAAAAUUAUAGGGAUCAAAACUUACCCUUUCGAAAUUUCAGCCAGAAAAAAGGCUCCAGAAGAUUCUAGGUGAUCUUUCUAGGAUAAAAAUCCGUUAAAAAUGGACAAUUAUACCAUCUUUUAGAUGUUCGAAAAUCCUAGGAGAGGCAGACAAGCAAGAGAUUUUACAACAAAUGUUCCGAAAAUUCUAGAUCUCAAGUCGUCUUGAGAACAGAUAUUUUCCGAAAAUUGACGUUGGGUGCCCCUGGUUCUUCCUGUCUGUUCUGAAAUCCCUCCACAGAAUCUUUUAAAUGUUGUUUAAUGCACCGAAAACUAUAUUUGGUGGUGACCUACUUUGGAAGAUUGGAGCUACAAGACAAAAAAGAUCUAAAAGCCCUGGCUAAAAACCAUCCGCAGUUGACUGUCUGACAAAGAGACUGUAUUUGUAUCUGUACACAUCACACCAUUCACCGUUUUCACCUUUGCCUCAUUCACAGACAAAAAUAAAUCAGCAGAGCAAGAUUCUAUCACUAUUAUAGCUAUUUCUUAACACCUUGAAGAUUUUAUUCAUAGUGAAGUGAGACAGAGGAAAUAUAAAACUGUUAUAAAGUUUCCCGCCUUCUCACAAUAAAGCAAGAGCUAGUGGUUGGUCUAUAGCCCCAUGGCACUAUUAAAACGACGGUAAUUCCGGCAACCCAUUUCCUCUGGAUUGGCAUGAGUUACUUAAUGUUGUUCAAUUUAUUGCGGUGAUCUAAAGAAAAGUGUUUCAUCCCGGAUUUCAGUCAAUUCAUCACGUUUUCUAUCGGUACCCCAAAAAAGCCCUCUCGAAUUUAAAAAGGCUAACCAGAAAACAGUGCUUACGUUUUAAAACAACACAUAAGCCAGUAUCAUAGCCCCGUGUGCUUGCAUUCGUGCUCGUUGAUGCCAGCCCACUUCCACAAAAACUGACGCGAAUAGUGAAUAUCAUUUCUUUAAAUACAGAAGGCAAUGCCAAAACUUUUCUUCUGGAUCAUUAACGUAGGAUCCUCUAAAGAGUCCUGUAGUAAGGCGCCAUAAUUCAUAUAAACUUUUUUGUUCCUUUAUGUGCCUGAUAAGUUUAUUGCUCUUUUGUUUAUGUCUGUAUCUGUUGGUUGAACACAUCCUUCCGUUUUGAAUUGAUCUUUAACGUUCAAAAGAGCACUUGUAAGUAUUGGCUCACAAACAUAAUGUCUUGGAACAACUACAAGUGAUUUUCAAAAACAAUUGCUGAUAAGAAUAAGAUCACUUGAAUAGCUGUUAAUAGAACAUCAAAAGAAUGUUAUUUUUCCAUUCAUCUUUUUUUAAUUGAUUAAUAAAAUAAUUCUAGGGAGCUUGAAAGCUGUGCCGAUUUAGAGACGCAUCUUUCACGCGUCAAGUCGGGUUUUGCCCCUUGCAGAAUCUAGAUUUACAAAGUCUGGUCUGACAAAGUUUCAGAUUACCUGACUUGAAGCACGAUUGAAGAUACAAGCAGUUCAAAUUAAAAAAUAACUUGAAAUCAUAAGCGGAAACUUAUUAAAAUGUGUAAACUGGGAGGGCCUAUAUCGUCAGUUACUAACGUAGUCUUGGUAAUUAACUGCGUCAAAGAUUGUUUAAGGUUACUAUCAGAAAUUACGGUCAAACAUACGGCUAAUUUUAUCUGCUUUUAUGAACUGUCAUUGAAAUUGUUGUGAAGAAUAUUUAUUAUUUUAACCGUUCGUCUUUUAUUGCCAUACGGCUUAUUUAUGCGGGUUAGGAAAGGUAUUCUGAUCAACACAGUCGCCUCUCUUUGCUCACCUGUCGCAAUCGGGAGGUUUCACAGGAAAAAAAAUCAAUAACAAUGAGCGCUAGAGUCAUACGUUUGAGAAUAGCAAGUAGGGCAACAGGAUUCGGGUGACCAUUUCAAAGAAUUCAAAAGCUUACGUUUAAAGAAAUAAACUCUCACUACCGCUAUUUGGAAUAGCUCGAAAUACGAACUUAAGUUUGGGCAGGCGUCUUUACUUGGCCGGGUCUUACGACGAUAGAGUAGGCUAUUAACUGAACGCAAUUUUUUUAAAAAAUGGAAAUACUCCAACCAAGAAAAAUCCAAGGGAUGAGGGAUUGAAACCCUUGUUCACGGUUUGCUGAGACUGUGCCCGCUGAUUCGACUGCCUUGUAAAUAUCAAGUCCAUUGGUUUGAAAUAGCGCAACAGGAAAAAACUUAACGACAUUUUUAACGAAAGAAACUGCAGCAAUGCAUUGACUUUUGCUCUCAGGAUUAAGCGAAAAUAUCAAUGAGCUGCAAGAAAAGGCUGGUACCCUCCCCCCAACCCGACUGAAUCUCCUUAUCCUUUGUCCUUCAAAUUUACACAUCACCCAUAACGCAAGUUGUUUUGUUCCCACCCCCCCCCCCCCCCCCCUCAUACCCUCACCCUUACUUUUUUUUCCUUCUUUCCUUUAAUUACUCCUGAAACGUAAUUGUAAAAAUAAAAACUACAUAAUAUAGUGCGUAGGGACAACAAGCUUCAUGAAUAUUUUGCCACAAGAAAAAACUUCACGCCAUUUUUAAAGAAAGAAAAUGCCACAAUGCAUUGACCUUUUCCCUCAGGUGUAAGAGAAAAAUUCAAAGGAGUGCAAGAAAAAGCUGGGACCCCCCCCCCCACCCCACCUAAACCCCUUUUCCUUUUUCCUUCAAAUUUUCCCACCCCCCCUAACCCAAGUUUUUUUGCCCCCCCCCCCCCCCCCCCCCCAAUUUUGCAUAACCUUUGUUUUUUAUUUCUCCUGGGUAUAGCAGUCCUACCAAAAAAAAAUGGAAGACAAUGCUUCUGCAAAUGAUUGGGGGGUAAACAAAAUGUGCUAUGGGAGAUGUGCAAAUGUUGAAGUGAGAAAAACUCGAGAGAUUGAGUCACUGGAAGGGCUAUGGUUGAAGUACCGGUAUUUACUUUUUUUCUUUGAAAUCUGGCGAGUUAUUGAAUGAAAACAAAUGGCACUGCACUAUCAUUCGAUGCAAAUUGUUCUUCCUUUUCAUUUGCCAAGAGCCCAUCACGUGACCUGCAAAUAACUGCUAACAAAAAAUUAUCUGCUCAUGCGCAAUGUCAUUGAACUGUGUUUGGCUCGAAAUAAUGUCCUGCUUAUGAGUAAAUGAAAUUAAACCACGCUUUUCUCCUUUCUGCGAUCGCUCUUGCGUGAAAAUGAAAGCUUCCCGAAGAUAUUCAUUAAAAAGUAAACUCGGUGAUCGAAUGAUUAAACAGUUAUUGAACUCGGUUAUCGUAAAAUAUCAUGAUUUGCCAGUGUCCCGUUUCAAUUAUUUACCUCAUCCUUCGGUCUCGGCAAAUAACUGACCUACUCGCCACUGACAAAUCACGAUAUUUUGCUCAACUCGUCCAAUAAUUGUUAGCAGUCAAUAAAGCUAAAAGUUACCAUUUCAUUCCUUGUUGGUGUUCAUUCCUUACUUAAACAGGAGAUACUUUACUUGCAUUUUCCUAGACUAUUUUGUACCAAGCGUUUCCUGAGUCCCUUGGCAGGCCUGGCGCAACAUGUUCAAAACAUAAUCACUUCACUCCACUUCCAGGUGAGUCGCAAUAAAAAUUCGUUUUCCCGCUGGCCUAUUCUUCAGCCAUUUUAUCGCAAAUUCAUCUCAUCAAUUCCUUUGUAAGUGAUAAGUAUUUCUUUGUUGGAACCUAUAUUAAAAAUCAAUCAAAGUUAUAUUAGAAAGUGCUCUACAGAACUUUUCAAAGCAAAUAUAUAAGCUUCUUAUUAAUUCUUUGGAAUUUAUAGCGACUGUUUCCUAAGUUUUGUUGUGCCACUAUUGUACCUUUUAGAUACGCUUUCUACCCGCAUGAAUGUUGGUGAAGCUAUAUUUAGGAGAAUGGAGCAAGUCAACUCUUUCUUGAAGGUAAGAAGUAGGUGGCGGCUUCACGUACCGCUAAAGAGCCGAAAUAGAUCACCAUCAAAAAUUAUCAGAACUGUAGCCCUCUGACAAAAGCACUCGGCUUCUUCUUGGUUGUCGGCCAGGACGGCUGGGCGAUGAAGCCAGCACUCCGCCCUUCAAGCCAUUUGUGAUGGGGAGUAGGACUGGCACGAGCGUAUCGCCCAACCUUUAUCGGCCUGACGCCUAUGGCAAUGUGCCCCGCACUAGAAAUCUGGAAUAUUCGAAGCAAUGCGACGCUUAAUUUGAUAAGGCAGUAUGAAACUCCCCUAGUUAGUGGCAUUGUUUCUUGAGAGGGCGAUGUAUAUUUUGCAGACUCUGUUUUUUGGUUCAAGUUGAAUAAGUUUGGUUGUUUCCUUUUCUUGUUGUAGGAGAUUGUGGGGCUUGACACUAAAGUGGCACAGUCAAAGCAUAUCAAGAGUUUUUUGACCCCAAGACCGGAGGACUUAGAGCCAGAACCGAAACGCCAGCCCCCUCGGUAAGUAAAAAGAUAAGGCAUGAAACCAUUAUAUUCAACGAAUCCAGAACAGUUUAUGAAAAAAAAAAAGUUGGUCAUAGUAUUUCGUCCAUUGAUCAAAGAAAGAAGCCAUGAAAGCUCGUCAAAAUCCUUGGUAACGUUACAGUUAAAAAGAAGCUACUUUUUCUGAACAUUCUAGCCAUAAACAAUUGCGAAAAAACUUUUCUUACAAACAUUUAGGAAAUUUUUUACAAAUUUAAAAAAAUACAUGGUGAAUGUUCUAUAAAUAAAAGAAAAACAAUCUUAAGUUCAUUAAAAAGAAAAGCAUACGUUUCAAGUUUAACAAAGUAGUUUAGCAAUGAUGGAGUCACUCUGAGUGUUAAGGCCUUAGUUCUUUGAUGAAUAACAUUUCGUAAACGAAGCAAUCGAAUUUUCCCUUGGCACUUCAUGAGAACGCGAAAUUGAUGCUCAUUCAGAAGAUUUUUGUCACCGUGCCCUUUUAAAAAAUGUUUAUCGAUAGCUCAAUACUUGUGUUCAGCAAUGCGUUGAUGAAGGUGUCGGGCUGUGUAGCCAACAUAAUCCGCAUCACACAGGUCACAUACAAAUUCACACAACAAAAUGCUGACUUACAAUACUCAGCUUAAUUUCUUUCGGCUUAAGAUUUUGCUCCAAUUUUUUGCACACAAUAGUAGGCUGUUAAGUGACGGCAAUUAAUCUUACUGCUGAGAUCACGCAAUUGCCUACGGGCUGCAUUAGCGGCUAUCUGAUCUUUGAAGGGAAGAACUAUCGUGUUGCCAUCAUCGGUUUUCAUUUCUGGCUUAGUUGUAAUAUUUUUAGUUAACAUAUUUAAAAUGGUGAAAUUUAUGAGGCCAAAUGGAUAAUCAAGUCGGCAGAAGAUAGAACGUUACUUGGCACAUUCCUCAUUAAAAGCCUCUGUCGCAGGUGAACAGAGCAUAGGCGCGAUCAGUGUAACAUGUAAGAUUACCUUCAACAUGUAAGAUUAGCUUCACAGCCUAUUUUUGUGAGCAAAAAUUGGAGCAAGAUCUCGAGCCGAAAAAAAUUAAGCUGAGUAUUGUAAGUCAGCAUUGCGUUGUUUAUAAAUUUGCAUGUGUUCUGUGUGAUGCGGAUUAUGUUGGCUACACAGCCCGACACCUUCAUCAACGCAUUGCUGAACAUAAAGUAUUCAGCUAUCGGUGAACAUUUUUAAUUUAGAAUUGCACGGUGACAAAAAUCUUCUGAAUUAGGGUCAAUUUCGCGUUCUCACGGCCACUAUUAGCUAAUGAACUAUUGCUUUUUUUGUAUUUAUAGAACAUUCACACUGUAUUUUUUUGUACGUGAUAAUGACGUCCGAAAACGUCGAAAUGUCGUAAGGUUUUAACUUUUUUAAAAUUUCCUUAAUGUUUUUCAGAAAAGUUUCUCGCAAUUUUUUUUGUAGCUAAAUGUUACAGUUACAAUAAAGUUGGCAAGACGUAUAAUUACGCAACAAUAGUCAUGGGAAAUUGAAACUGACUUCAACAUCAGUGCAUGUUACCUUAAGUUUGCAUGCCAAAUACUUGUUUAACUGUAAGGCAGUUCUCCUGUUUUGUUUAUAUUUUACGGAAAUUUAGCGGAAAGAAAAAUAGAGGCAGAAGAAGAAGUAGUAACUUUUCGCAGACAAUGAAAGGGCGACUGCAAAAGUUUGGAAAGACGACCAAAAUAUGUAAGUGAUAUUUUUUACCGUUUUACCUUUUCUUGGAAUACAAAGUUACUAUUCAUUCUCUCUUGGUUUGAGAUUUAUCUCUACAUCUGACACAAACAGGCUAAAAAGGAGAUCUAUCUCGUCCAGCUCUGCCAGAUUAAAAUGGCUGGAGGAGCGCGAAAGAUUUUUAGUUCAAUUGCUUCUCUGGGAAUAGGGAAGAUAAAAUUAAGGUCUUAUCAAGGUAAGGCUUUACAUCAGUUUCUGACUCUACGUAUUAUCGGAAGUAACCAUUAUAAUUUAUUUUCCAGUCGGUAACAACAUAAGUUCACCUAUUGUCUUGGAACAUUUCGUUGUUAUGGAAGACUAUAAAAAACAAGCCAAGACUGAUAUUAAUUUGAAGAAAGGAAAAAUUGUGGACGUCAUCGAGAAGAGAGAAUGCGGUGAGUUAUUCUAAAAAUUUAGUAUGUUACAAAUAUCACUUACUAUAUAUGAAUAAAUAAAUAUUCAAACAACAAACUUGUUGCCUUAAAACCACACGAGCUAUAAGGAAUCUGGUCAUGGACAGGCUCUCUAUUCCCCUAAACAAUAACUAAGCAACGUUAAAACUCCUUGAACGUGGAAUAACUCUCGAACUUAGAACCACAACUUUACAAUUAAAUAUAUAAAGGAUACUUCAUGGAAAGUGCUGGCGUACGGUAUUUACGCACGAGUUGUUGACGUAUCAGAUAUCGAGCGAGUGAGCGCAGCGAACGAGUAAGAUUUCUGAUACAAAAACAACGAGUGCGUAAAUACCGUACAAAGCACUUUCCAUGUGGUAUUGUGUUUAUUAUAUACAUACUGAGACAUUCAUCAUUUUGGUGGCCUUUUUAUUUUAAAUCUUUCAAAAAUGCUAAAAUUCGCCGCUACGCACUUACCGCAAAAUGACAACGAAAACGAAUUAUCAGCUUUUUGGUAAAAACGUUUGUUAAAAACAUAAGUGACGGUAAGGAUAUGAGGUAAUCCAAGAACUAUAAGUAAUCUUAACUGUUUGUCCUCAAUGCACAAUUGAAAAUGAGUGAAUUUAAGUAAAAUGGCCGGUUUCAAUAUAAGCGUAAAUUAAAGGCAAAGUAGCUCCGACAAAAAGCACGAAAGCUUACGUCUCGUUCUGUUUUUCCCUUUCUGCUGUUGUUUCGCUGGCUCUCUACCGUCUUCUUUAUCAACAGUGAAACAAACGAAACUAUUCCACUCCAUUUCCGAAAUAUUUUUCACUUUUUUAGCGAGAAAAACUCUGAGUAAAAUUUUUCUCGUUGAAUGUGUGCGAAGCGGCGCUACAAGCUGCAAUAAAAGGCGGGAAUUUUGGCACGAAACUCGCACAUCUCUGUGGCUUCUGAUUGGACGUAUCAUUUUUUUCACGUGUGAAAACCAUCGUUCGCUCCUCUGAUUGGCUAGAACUAAUUUGCGUACGAAAAUUUUCGACAUAGCUUUUUGGUGAGUAUUUCUCAAUAUGUAUAUAAUAAUAAUAAUGAUCAUGACAAUAUGUAUAUAAAAACAUUAACACACAUUUCUUAAAGUUAAUAGUUCAAGCUUAUGUAUUCAUUAUUAUUAUUAUCAUUAUUAUUAUUAUUAUUAUUAUUAUUAUCAUUACUUGAUUAUUAUUACGUACUAUUACCAUUUAAAAGGAGUAAGCCGAAUUUUCGCAUUAUUCGAAAAUGACAAGAUUUUGCGAAAGUACGUUAUAAUCAAACUCUCUACUUUAUGCUGAAAAUGGAGCUUUUUCAUUUAGGCUGAUGACUUGUUUUGCUAUUUGUAUUCAAAGAAAGUUGAUAGAACUGGAUUUUUAAACAUACAUUUACCGCAAGUCACAUCUCCUUCAGUCUAAACCUAUUGAGGUAUCUCAGUAUAACACUGAAUAAUCAAGUUGAGUAUCAUAAAUUGACUUUACAGGUUGGUGGCUGGUAGAUGCUGAUGGUGAAGUGGGUUGGGCUCCAGCUCUGUAUCUCGAACCAGCAGACGAAAUGUCGGACACUGAGCUAUCAAACGUGCAAAGAUUCCCUAUUAGCAAGGGUACGUAUCAUAUCACAGAGAAAGAACACUUGUUACCGUUGCUUUCAAGGGACUUAUUGCUUUUACCAAACGAUGGAAAACUCUACAUGACCAACUUUUAGCAAGGAAACAACAGCGGAUUAUCAAGAUACGAUACAAUCAGCCCCUGGUAGAAACCUAUCCAAGUAAAAGUGUAUUUGAAUCAAACCUCUUUUAAAUUAGUGUUACCCCCUCCCUCCCUUAACUUACGUAUAGACCUUUUCUGGAUCUCAACUCUUAGAUUUUGCCAAGAGUCUUGUUAUUAAGGGAUUUGAACUUAAUCUUCAUUUACAUAGGAGAAGUAUUCGUCACCACCAAACGUUAUGUCGCUGUUGAAGAUGAUGAGUUGUCGUUUGAUAUUGGUGUCAAUUUGCAAAUUCUGGAAAAGAACAUGGAUGGAUGGUGGAAAGCUUCGUAAGUGAAGUCGUCUUAUUAGGGUUAUGAGCGAAAUAUUAUAAUAAUUAUUUUUUUUGUAAUUCAUAACUUUUUGUAAACUUCUAUUUUCAACCUUACGUAUACUUUCUCAUUUCUGAAAAAAAAUACUAAUAACAAAUAAAAAUUAUAAUUAUAAUGAUAACGAUAAUAAUAAUUAAUCGUUGAUAUCAGCAAGACAUUCUAGCGCCUGUAUUUCCAUCUCAGUCCUAAGUAAUGUGACUAAAAAUGGGUGUUGGUUUGGUACUUAGUACAAAAUACCCACUGUUUUCGUCAGAUACCUUGGAAGAGAAGGCUGGGUGCCACAAUUGUACCUCAGAAAGUUGGGCAACGAGCGAAGAGGUUCAAGAACAGCAAGACGAAAAUCAAGGAUUAUUUCUAGAACUGAACUGAGGAGCCCCAUAGAGGAAGAAGAAGACGUGAUUCAAGGUAAGAAACCUGAGAUCCCAUUAUCGGAAUGUGCAUGACUUCAAUUCAAAAGUUAUUGUUCAGUGAAAACGGCUAAAAUGGACACCAAGGGAAGAUGCCAUGGUGUCUGUAUUUUCCGGAUGUUUGUAUCAAGCUGAUUAAUUUUAGCGAAAAAAUAAAAGCUUUUCGUCGGGACAAACAUAAUUAUCAUUCGAAGCAAAUUGUUCUUUCUUUUCAUUGGCCGAGAGCCCACCACGUGACCUGCAAAUAACUGCCUACAAAUAAUGGUCUGCUUAUGUGCAAUGCCGUCCAACAGUGUUUGGCUGCAAAUAAUAUUCUGCUCAUGCGUAAAGGAAACCGUGCCUUUCUCCUUCUUGCGAUCGUUCUUGCGUGAAAAUGGCAGAUCGCUUCGCUUCCCAAGGAUAUUCAUUAAAAAAACAAACUCGGUGAUCGAAUGAUAUAACAAUUAUUCAACUAGGUUAUCGCAAAAUAUCGUGAUUUGUCAGUUUUUGUCUCGCAGAUCAAUUAUUUGCCGAAGCCGAAGGCUGAGGCAAAUAAUUGAUCUGCUCGCCACAGACAAGUCACCAUAUUUUGCUCAACCUCGUCCAAUAAUUGUUAAUUGUCCGUUACAUGCGGUUGGGUCCGUCUAGCGAGAUACCCGCCACUGUUAGUACUAGUGUUGUAGUCAGUAUUGAGUUCUCAUUAAAAAUGUCUUCUUGCAUCAAAUCACAAAAUAUCGAGACGACUUGCCCACUUCAAAGGCUACUACUAUAAGCCAUGUCUCACAGCCCUGAUUUGCUUUAUGGUAUUAUCGUUGGUUUUGAAUCAGUGGCGGAUAUAGGGUAACCAAACCUUACUCUUAGGCCAAAGUGAGCCCCGCAGGGUCAAGAAAAUUAUUUUUUAAGGCAGGCCCCCCUCUUAUCUUAGGCACUGGAUGAGCAGCGCCCGCACUUACUUAAAGAUCUUAAUCCGCCACUGGGAAUAGUGAGUCAAUGUGAAAACUGUAUCAAGCAAACAGCAAAGUAUUAGAACGUUUUGAAAGUACCCUACUUUUUCGCCUUUUUGUGCAAUUUCAUAACAAGAAUGUAUUCUAAGGCGGACGCUGGCCAAGGCCCAACCUGUGAGUGUCCGCUUUUUCCAGGUUUCACUGCAUAUUUAUGUAAUGAUGAAUUGUAAUAAUAAAUUGUUGUCGUUUUGUUGAUGUAGAAAUACCAGAAGAAAAGACUGAGCCAUACAACACAAAUAAAGAGGUUGGUAAUAUUUCAUAACUAUCUCAUAAAAUUACCUGAUGUUAUUUGCCGCCUCUCGCAGCUUUUAGUAAUAUCCCGACCAAAAUUUUGAUGUUAAAUGUUACGAAAAAUUUAUAAGGAAUCAGUAUAUCGACCCCGGCGUAAUAGAGAUUGAGUUCAAUAUGCACCGAAGAACACCAUCUAAUCUCAUGAACCAUACUUGUUUCUUGUAGGACAAGAGAAUGUCUCUUCCAAGGAAGAUAUCGAAAAAUGUUUUCUCUACAAUGGGAAAAAAGGAUCCAAAGGCAGUAUCUUUUGCCAACGAUAAAGAAGCUACAGAGGAUGCAUCCAGAAAGAAAACCAUUGGCAAUAUGAUUGAAAUGAGUAACGCUUUCUUACAGCUGAAUCAAUCCGAACAAAGGUCGUCCGACGCAAGUUCAGAAGAGAGAAAAAGAAAAACUUCUCAACCAUCGCCAAAGAACUCCACAAGGCCUACUGUGGAGCGUCGAGCAAUAAGCACUUUGGCUCUAUCUACCCACCAUAUGGAAGCAACUGCUGGAAACCAUGAAGCCGACUCUAAGGAGGAUAUAGAGGCAAAGAAAUCCAAAAGUCGAAGUUUAGAGUCCCUACUCUCUAGGAACGCAGCUCAGAGUGCAGAAUCAAACUGGAAACCUGAAAAAAGCAACACUUUGUCCUCGUCACUUUCUUGCUUACAUGAAGUUCCUGAGUCAGACCACAUUAAGAUUGAAGAAGAAUACAAUACACAGCUUGCACCACCAAACCUCUCUAACGGACUUUCUACCUCGCGGGACGAGAUUGCUGACGACAUCGAGGCCACUGCAACUCUGGGAGACGCAGAAGAUAGUGACACUGGUUCGUGUGAUAUUUCGUCAGAAACCACUACACUUACUGAUCUUAUGGAAUGCCUGGAUGGAUUCUGCAAGCAGCCUGUUGGUGAUUAUGUCUACUACAAGAAAACAUCCAUAGACGAAGAUAUAGCUAAUUUUCAGCCACCAAGAAGAAGCCCCCCUUCCCCAUCCAAUCUUUCUAAUGCCUCUAACAUCGACUCCCCAAGAAUGGGACCUCCCUCAAGAAACCCUCCUUCCCCAAAUACGUACCCUAGAGGCCAGAGACAGACAUCUGCGGAAGAUGAGCAGAGUAAGAAUCAUACAAUUCCAAAGUCCAACUUCGACCGAAAGAUAAUCUUCCAGAAUUCUCUGGAAACAGAAACAGCGCAGGAACUUAAUGAGCAAAUUCAAGUUUGGUGUUCAAGUGACGAAUCGGAAUCCGAUGAAGAGCAGUUAUAUUCAAAUCGAAUUAUUCACCCCGACUCUCCUAAUUCACCAGCGAUUGUGAUCGACGAGUUGCACGACCAGCUCACUGACAAAGGGAGACUUUCUACUUUAAGGGAUGAUGACGCGCGGUCAACAGAGAGUUUUGAAAUUGAAGUCAACCUACAAAGUAACACCGUGUCCCCACGUGACGAGGACGGUUCAACUAAUCUCUACUACGCAGCUGAUUCACACGAAGUUGAUGCAGAGAUUUACCUCAACAAGGGUGAUUUUGUCACGGUCAUUGAAAAGGCGUCUACAGGUUAUUGGCUGAUACAGAAUAAGGACGGUUUGCGUGGCUGGUCUUUUUCAGGACACUUUGUCCCUGCUCAUCAGGUUAACGCAAAUGAGGAAAGCAAUUCACCAGAAGAGGAAGACAGAGGAAAAGAGGAUGACGAUGAACACCAUCAACAAAUGUUUUGUCGUGUGAUUUGUGACUAUGAAGCUGACGACGAUAGCGAAGAGAUAGACAUCUACGAGGGAGAUGUCAUGGAAAUAAUUUUCAGAAAUGAGAGUGGAUGGUGGUGUGUGCGUAAUAACACGACUGGAGAAAUUGGCUGGGCUCCUUCAAACUACUUAGAAAUGGUCGGCAGCGAAGAAUCUUAUGACGCUGAUUAAUCAGCUUGUUCAAAAAAGUCGAAUUUAGCCCUGCUGUACAUCAUAAACCACGGAAAGAACAAAAGUCAUCGAGAAGUCAAAUCUCAUUUUACCUUGAAAGCACAUUAAUCAUUACCCAAUGCUACAAAAAAAAGAGCAUUAAUUUUGAGUCAAUAGCAAGUGCUGUUAUAUGAUUGUGUAAUAACACAUAUUGUCUGAUCAAGCUGUUUAGCUGAUUUUACUUGAUAUUUUAUUCUACUGUUAGCUGUGAAGGACUUAGUGUUAGACAUAAGUCAUUUUAGAACAGUAUAAAAUUUUUUUUUGAAUUAU